GACGGACUUCCAAGUCCACACAUUCUGGACUGUACUUAGCCACCAAACGUAAGGCUCAAAACUAAAACUGCAAGUGGGUGCAUACACACAUACUUAACACCGCUUCAAUGCUCCAUUGCGCCACCAUGGAAAGAGAAGAUGACCGGUUCGAACCGCUUUACCAAGACAGCCGGUCUACGUGGAGAGUGAUGGCCUACCGUGUUUUUGCGGCGACCGUCUCCGGGUGCAUAUGCUGGAUCUGGUUCUACCGAGUGAGUCACAUACCGGAGGUUGGUGGGAACCGGACCGGUUUGGUUAGAUUGGUUUGGUUCGGUAUGUUGGGUGCUGAGUUGUGGUUCGGUAUGUAUUGGUGCCUCACGCAAUCUCUCCGGUGGAACCCGGUUCGCCGGCAAACCUUCAAAGACAGACUCUCCCGGAGGUACGAGAAUGAUCUGCCGGCUCUGGACGUUUUCGUGUGUACGGCGGACCCAGAGAUAGAGCCGCCAUUAAUGGUUGUAAACACUGUUUUAUCAGUUACAGCCUUAGACUACCCGCUGGAGAAACUCGCCGUCUAUCUUUCCGACGAUGGCUAUUCCGAGUUAACCUUCUACGCUCUGGCCGAGGCCGCAGAUUUCGCGAAGCACUGGGUUCCCUUUUGCAAGAAAUUCAAAGUCGAGCCCAGAUCUCCUGCUGCUUACUUCUCGCGCAAGAAAACCAGUGACUACAGAUGUGAUUCCGAAGAUGCAGAGGUUGAGAAACUAUACAGAGAAAUGGCUGAUCGGAUCGAGACUGCCGAGAAACUCAAGCGAGUUCCUGAAGAUAUGCAGUCCAAGUACAAGGCGGGAUUUUCGCAAUGGAGCCUUGAUGCUACUCGUCGUGACCAUGGGACUGUUCUUCAAAUUUUGAUAGAUGGAAGAAGAGAAGUGAAAGGAGAAGACAUGGAAGGCAACGAGUUACCGACAUUAGUGUACAUGUCGAGAGAGAAGAGACCUCAGUAUCCACAUCACUUUAAGGCUGGAGCCAUGAAUGCAUUGAUAAGGGUAUCCUCGAAGAUAACUGGUGGGAAGAUAAUACUGAACCUGGACUGUGAUAUGUACGCAAACAGCUCGCAGUCAGCACGUGAAGCGCUCUGUGUCCUCCUUGACGAAAGACAGGGAAGAGAAAUCGCUUUUGUGCAGUUCCCACAGUGCUUCGGGAAUAUUACCAGCAAUGAUCUUUAUGGAAACAGAUGGCAAGUUGGAAUUGACGUGGAGUUUCCGGGCUUGGAUGGAAAUGGAGGGCCGUUAUACAUUGGAACCGGUUGCUUCCACAGAAGGGAUGUGAUAUGUGGAAGAAGAUAUGGAGAUGAGGAAUCUGAGAGUGUUUGGCAGACGGGAAACCACAAGAAAAUGGGAGAAAUAUCAGAGGAAGAGAUCAAGAAUCUUGCUAGCUGCACUUACGACGAAAAUUCUCAAUGGGGAAAAGAGAUGGGUUUGAAAUAUGGAUGUCCAGUAGAGGACGUAAUAACCGGUCUGGCGAUUCAAUGCCGGGGAUGGAAAUCAGUGUACCUGAACCCAGAGAAGAAAGCUUUCGUUGGAGUGGCCCCAACCACAUUGAGUCAAACACUGGUGCAACACCAGAGAUGGUCUGAUGGUGAUUUUCAGAUUCUGCUUUCAGAGUACUGUCCACUUCUGUACGGACACCGGAAGAUCGGUUUGGCAUUGCAGCUUGGAUACUGCAGCUACUGCCUCUGGGCUCCAACCUCGAUUCCAACACUUUACUACUCGCUUGUCCCUUCUCUUUGCCUCCUCAAAGGCAUUCCUCUCUUCCCAGAGGUCUCGAGUUUGUGGUUUCUGCCAUUUGGAUAUGUGAUUCUUGCGACCAGUGCGUAUAGCCUGGCAGAGUACCUCUGGUGUGGAGGAACUCUCCAUGGAUGGUGGAAUGAGCAAAGGAUGUGGCUUUACAAGAGGACAAGCUCUUAUGUUUUUGGGUUCAUCGACACUAUCCGGAAGCUUCUACGGGUUUCUGAGCCAGCAUUUGUCGUCACAUCAAAAGUAGCAGAUGUAGAACAAGCGGAAAGAUACAAUAAAGAGACAAUGGAGUUCGGAGUAGAGUCCCCGAUGUUCACUCUUCUCGCAGUGAUUGGACUCGUAAACUUGUUCUGUUUUGUGGGUUCGGUGAAGAGAGUAGUAGUUGCAGAUGAUUUCCAGACAAUGUGGCUGCAGGCUCUGUUAACAGGGAUUCUCCUUGUCCUAAACUGGCCGUUGUAUGAAGGGCUGUUCUUGAGGAAAGACAAGGGGAAGGUGCCGACGUCAGAGACAGUUAAAUCGGUUGUCUUAGCUUCAUUAGUCUGCACCUGCUUUGCUUUCUUGUAAGGAGUUCGCACACUGGAUUGGGAAAAUAAAUGUUUCAGCUACAAAAUUGGGGAUCAGUAGGAAA